AUGAGACAAGAGAAGACCAUGCAAGACUUCUCCAUACCCUUGAAGCGGAGCGCGAGCAGCAAGGGCCGCAUGUGCCAUGAGCACUGCCGCAGCGGCAGUAUUGGCUCGGACACGUCCGUUUUGUCUUCCGAAGAGGCAGAUCCGAGUGGAGUGAUGCAGGACCUAGACGCUGCUGCUGCUGCUGUUGCAGUGGCUAGCACAUCCGACAGCAACAGCCUCGCCAACUGCAUCUACCUAGACAUGAAUGACAAGAAACUGCUCGCAAGCAAGCUUGGUGGCAUAUCCGAGACGUUCGACAACUCGGAGGAGGACCUCGACGGCGAUACUGGCACGAGCGCCUCGCGAACCGGAGGCCUUUCUUUUGAGCGCACAAUCACUGACUUGCCAUCGACUAUUUCUGCCAGCACCUGUGCGCCGCGCGAGAAGGCUGUUCCGCUCGAGGUGCGCCGCUUCCAGUGCACUAAGAGCAUCCUCGCCUUCAAGGAGGCGACGAAGAACGACGCGACACCGGUGCCCCCCAAGCUGGUCGACUUCAUUGUCUCCCUCACCACCUCCAAGAACGGUCUGUGCACUGAGAAAGAAAUGUGUGACUGGAUGGUGGCGCAGAUGUGUGACCGUCUCGAGACGGGGCAGAUGUGGGUGAUCUCCAAGACAUCAAACCUGCUCUUUUCGCUGCUCUGGCGCGGCUCGCACGUCUUCAUCGAAAGCGUCCACUCCAAUGGCAAGUCGCUGUUUCAGGUGUCGCACCUCGCUGACGUGAUUAAGCGCACCCCGCAGGAGAACAUUACUGGGGAGCGUCUGCCAUGCUCGUUGCAGUCUAUCAAGCAGUCUGUGGCAGGGCAGAGGUCGGCGUGCAGCCGGCCGAAGCCGAAUAACAUCGCCAACAGCAACGGGGCUCUGAAGCCAGCAACAGUCUGCUUCUUGGAGCAGUUGAAGCAGAAGGCAAUGCUCAAUAGCGUGGCGAACUUGGGGCCCCCGCCGGACAAUGAGCCCAUCCCGCUGCACAUCAACCCCACCUUCGACAUACCGGAAAGGGAGACGGGCUUCUUCAUAUCAAACACCGCCUAUAUGGAGUCGCUCUGCGAGUACCGCUUCCGCCACCCGACGCUGGACCUGGCUCACGGCGAGAUCUUGUGCGAUGCGGACCACUGCUAUGGCGACGGCUCCGCUGACUCGGCCUCUGGUGUCCCGACGCAUCGCACCCAUCCGGCGGUGUGGGAAGAGUUGCUCAACGACACGCUGGAGCUCAUCAAGGCGAUCGCCACAACCGAUCCGCAAAUCUCAAUUUGUCCGACUGGCAUGGCCCUGGCAACGACGCGGCUGCGCAAUGCAGUCCUGCUUUAUCAGGUGGCGUGCCGCUCCUUGGUGAGGUUGGUGCACUCCAUCUUCACGUCCCUUCGCAAGGUGGUGAGCCCGCAGCAGACGGGGUUGGCGGUGCCGUCAACGACGGAGCGCACUCGCGCUGAGCAGCACCCACAUUCCAUAUCAGGCGGGGACAAAGUCAAUGGCGGCUGCCCUGCAGCAGUGAAUUUCACGUUCUCCUCGGAAACCGCGCGUGGUUUCGUGAGCAUGCACUACAACGCCAUCUACCAGUUCAAUCGCACGGUCCGCAUGUUCAAGGCGUACUGUGAGGCGACCCAGCAUGUAUCUGCGGAGGUCGCGAAGAAGGCGGCAGACGCACUGAGGCUGGUACCAGAGGACGACUUUGCCGCCUUCCGUGAAGCGCUGAACCAGCUCCAGAGGAGCGAGUGUGGCAAGGUGAUAGACCAACUACACCUUGUUGCGCAGUCAUCAUCUCAGGAGACUAAUGACGGCAGCGUGCGUGCACCUUCCGUCCACUGCACAAGUACAGGGCGGGCAGUGGCGGACAGAAACUCAAUGUCUAACGUCGCGGUAGGUAGGGUAUCUUCGGCUUCGAGGACCCCCCUAUUGGAUAGCAGCGCGCUUUCCACCUCUCCCCUGAACGAGGAGGUGUGCGAGUCCCUAUUGACGCUGUACGAGUUCAACGUGGCCUACACGGAGGACAGGAAGCCCAUGUGGAUUCGGCAGGUGGAUGCGGUGUGCGCACUCUUUGAUGACAAGGAGUCCGCCAUUCUUCGCCAGAUCUUCAAAGAUGGGGUGGAUGAGCUCUGGGGCCAGUUGCACCAGUUCACUAACAACAGCAUGGCAGCGGCCGAGAGAGCGCUCAUGACGUCCAGCGAGUCACCGAUGCUGACGGCGAGGCGGAAAAGCAGCAGUGUUCCCUGCCUGCUCUCCUCAGACGGUGGUGGGCUUCAGUCGGAGGGCCGCCACGUUAGCUACGGUGAUAUGACGACCCGAAGCUCUACGUAUAUUCUUCGCUCGCUGCCACACGACGUGCAGAGCUCGCAGAUGGGCAGGUUGGGCUCUAGUGUCGGCAAGAGGGACAUCAUUUCUCUCAACAGCGGUAGCGAGAGCAACACCGCUGGCCUGACCGGCACUGAGAAGUCGACAGAGCGGUCGAUCGAGGAGCUCUUGGAAGAGGAUGAUGUGGUGGUGAUUUGUAACGAGGAGUGCUCGUGCAACGACACGCUAAAACUGAUUGACCGUUUUCAGGUCUUGAUGGAUGUUCCACUCGGCCAGGGCAGCUACGGAAAAGUGUUCCGCGCGUGGGACGAGGUGACCGGAUGCUACUUGGCUGCGAAGGAACUGUCGCUAGACUUGUCCAAGGACCACAACGUCGCGGUGCGCGAGGUGCUGCAGGAGUACACAGUGUUGACGGAGCUGUCGCACCCGAACAUUGUGCGUGUGGUUGCCUUCAUGGUGAUGAAGGAGUCGGCACGCAUCUACAUGGAGUGGAUACCGUCGGGCUCGCUACAAGACGUGCUGCGCCAUCACCCGCGCGGCGCACUGCGCGAGAACGUUGUGCGUCGCUACGCGCGCGAUGUGGUCACUGGUCUCACCUACCUGCACUCGCGCGGUAUCAUCCACCGCGACGUGAAACCGGCGAACAUGCUACUGAGCUCUGACGGUACGGUGAAGCUGACCGACUUCGGCACCAGCCUCGUUCUCAACGGCAACAACCGCACACUUGAAUCGAAUGCGAUCACCGGGACGGCGGCGUACAUGGCUCCCGAGUGCGUGCAGGGGACCUACUCUUCCGCGUCUGACAUCUGGUCAUUUGGCUGUUCGCUGGUGCAGCUCCUCACAGGCAACGCGCCGUGGUACAACGCCGAGGCCGGCUCCUCCCCGGAGCCCAUCGCGCUGCUCUUCAAAAUUGGCUGCCUGAACGAUACGACGCACCUCGAGCGACCGCACGAUGUGCUGAUGGAGGCCCCAGCAGCUACACCUACACCGAGUGAGGUUUCUGCCAGUCCUAGUGCUGCGACGGGCUCCAACAUCUCCAGCACGACUGCGACUGCUGCGCAACCGCUGGACACCAGCGAGGAGCUCAUCAACAUGCUCAACUCUAUCUUCAUCGCCGACCGCAAAAAGCGCCCGUCUGCGAGGGACCUUUUGCAUCACCCCUUUUUCAAGCUCCCGUAA